GGCCCCGCGCCCCUUGACCCCGCGCGUCCCCCAUCCCGGACCCAGUCGUCGGUUGAUCUGCGGGCGGGGGGGAUAAGGCAACACCAAUAUUGUUUUUCAGGUGCCUGCAUUUGUUCCUACUGCUUCCCUCCCAAGUGGAGCCGUGGUUUUCUGGAUGAGCAGGAGACGGGGCUUGGCUGGCCAGGGACGGAAUCGGGCCCUGCAGAGAGCCCGCCUUGGGAAGGAUGAGGAGCGGCUGCGGAGACUAACGACGCGGCGGGAGCGAUUUGAGUUGGACGCUGGGACGGAGUUCCAGGCUGUUUGAGGGCUCAAGGGCAGGAACCGUGACUGGAUCAGAAGCCCCAAGAUAGCGGCCUACUUGGCUCAGCCCUCUUGGGUCCUCUCCAGGAGGACCUGACCACCGAAGGGUCGUCUUCUGCUGCUGACCCCCAUCAAAUCCCAUCAUGCCCACAGCCCUGUGCCCCCGAGUCUUGGCUCCAAAGGAAAGUGAGGAGCCCAGGAAAAUGAGGAGCCCACCGGGAGAGAGCCCUGGCCCCCAGGGUGAGCUUCCCAGCCCGGAGUCCUCUCGACGCCUCUUCCGCCGGUUCCGCUACCAGGAGGCAGCGGGCCCCCGUGAGGCCCUGCAGCGCCUCUGGGACCUGUGCCGGGGCUGGCUGCGGCCCGAGCGGCACAGCAAGGAGCAGAUCCUGGAGCUGUUGGUGCUGGAGCAGUUCCUGGCCAUCCUGCCCCGGGAGAUCCAGGGCUGGGUGCGUGCCCAGGAGCCCGAGAGUGGAGAGCAGGCUGUGGCUGCUGUGGAAGCACUGGAAAGGGAGCCAGGGAGACCCUGGCAGUGGCUCAAGCACUGUGAGGACCCUGUGGUGAUUGACGAUGGGGAUGGCCCUCCGGACCAGGAGCAGGAGCCUCUGCCAGCAGAGCCCCAGAGCCACCUUGCAAAAAGCCAGGAAGCCCAGCCUGUGGCUCUGCCCCAGAGCCCCGGGCUUCCAAGCAGACUUCCAGGCCAACUCAGUGGGGACCCAGUUCCACAAGACCCGUCCCUCCUUCAGGAAGCGAGCUUGAGGGACACACAGCAGGUGACUGCUCUCCAGCUGCCCCUGAAACGGGUUUCUCCUUUUGAGGACAUGAUCUUCUGUUUCUCAGAAGAAGACUGGUCCCUUCUAGACCCUGCCCAGACUGGCUUCUACGGGGAGUUCAUCAUUGGAGAGGACUGCGGGGUCUCACUGCCUCCAAAUGACCCAGGAACCCAGCAGGACCUCUCCCAGGGUGAGGAGAACGAGCCAUGUGUUCCAGAGCUGCAGGACCUCCAGGGGAAGGAUGCUACCCAGGUCUCCUACUUGGACUUUCCAAGUCUCCAGCCAUUCCAGGUCGAGGAAAGAGGAAAACGGGAUGAGCUACAGGUACCAGAAUUCCAGGCCUGCGAGCAGACGACACUUGCUCAGAGCACCUGCCCAGCUGGAGGUGACUCACCGCCCCCUAAGAACAGCCUGGAUGAGGAGGUGACCAUCGAGAUCGUCCUGUCCAGCUCUGGGGACGAAGACUCCCAGCUGGGUCCCUACUGCGCAGAUGAGCCGCGGAGCCCCUUGGGGAAGCAGCACGGCACCCCCACCCCCCAGCAGAAUGGCGCCUCAGUUGGGGGCGAGGUGCAUACCUCUGGGAAGUCCUAUGUGUGCCCCAACUGCGGAAAGGUCUUCCGCUGGAGGGUCAACUUCAUCCGGCACCUGCGCAGCCGCAGGGAGCAGGAGAAGCUGCACGAGUGCUCGGUAUGUGGGGAGCUGUUCAGUGACAGCGAGGACCUGGACGGGCACCUGGAAGCCCACGAGGCCCAGAAACCUUUCCGGUGCGGCGCCUGUGGGAAGAGCUUCCGCCUCAACUCGCACCUGCUUUGCCACAGGCGGAUCCACCUGCCGCAAAGUGGACCCCGGCCGGUGAUGGGGAGCGAGCAGGGGGUGGCGGGGUCCACAGAUGGGGGGCCUGAUGCACCGCUGGCCGAGGGCCGGGCCCGGCUGAGCAUCCAGUGCUAUGACUGCGGGAAGCUGUUCCAGCGGCCUGAUCAGCUGGCGAGGCACCGCAGCAGCGUGCACGGUAAGGACCGGGCACGGCCCUUUCGGUGCCGGUACUGCGUCAAAAGCUUCCUGCACAACUCCGACCUCCUGCGCCACCAGCGCCUGCAUAUGAAACGCCGCUCCAAGCAGGCUCUCAACUCUUACUGACGCCAGACCCUCCCCGGGAGGUACCUGCCCCAGGACAGACCUCACCUUCCCACCCUUUGCUCUCAGGUAGAAAUGAGAUAGUGACCAACUGAGCAUUUCUUUUGUCUCUGCUGUGCCAAAAAGCAGGGAGGGAGGUGCGUAACCAGCUUGGACUCGCCCGGUGUUUCGGGUUGGGAGAGAGCCCCAUCCAGCGCUUCCCAAGCAGGCUGAGAGAUGGCUGCCCCAAAUGUGGUGACCCCUUGGGUUCUGUCCCUAACCACCAACUCACUACACUACCAUGAUACCUUGUCUGAACCUCCCACCCCUAUUCUGAGGUUCCAGGGUAACUGCACUUCCCAUCUGAGAGCAAGAAGCUGUGGGCAGGGUAAUGGCUAGAGAAAGGCAGUGAGGCAGGAAGUGCAUGUGGGGAGCAGGGCCAGGCACCAAUCCUGCCAUGUCACCAGCUGACCCAAGGAGCACCCACUGUUAUCAGGCAGCCCUUUCAGGGUCAAAAGCCUUGAGGGUGCUAUACAGCUGCUUGCGAAGGGGAACUGUGUCAUACUUUUAUUUAUGAUGGUGGCUGCUUAUUAGGGAUUUUGAGUACACCGAGGGCAAUACCCACAUUUUAAAUUGUAUGUUGCAUACCCUGCUAAAUGUCACUUCUUUGUACCCUGAAGGUCCCAGUAAAUGGUUGUAGGGUAGAAGCAGUUGUCAUCAUUCAAAAGGCACUUAAGUUCCCCUGCCCAUUCCAUUGUGUCCGGGAACGAGGAGCUCAGUCCCAGUGAGGGGUUCUGUUUGGGUGAGGGGCCGUGGAAACACCCUCCUGUGAGGUCAAGUUCUACAUACGUAUUAACUUAGCCUGCUGUUCAUAUUCACUUGCUAGGGCUGCCUUAACAAAGUACCAAAAACAGGGUGGCUUAGAACAACAGACAUUUAUUGCCUCAGUUCUGGAGGCUGGAAGUCCAAGGUCAGGGGGUCAGCCCUGUGAGGGUCAGCUUCUGGUGGUUGCUGGCAGUCGAUGUUCCUUGUAGAAGCAUUACCCCAUCUCUGCCUUCAUCUUCAUGUGGUGUCCCUGUGUACUUGUCUGUCUCCAAAUUUCCCCUUUUUAUAAGUACACCAGUCAUACUGGAUCAGGGCCCCCAUGCCUACUCUGGUAUAUUCCUGUCUUAACUAGUAACAUCCACAAUGACCAUAUUUCUAAGAAAGGCCACAUUCUGAUGUACUGGGGUUGGGACGUAAAUAUGAAUUUUGGGUGGUGGGGAGACAAUUCAGUCCACAAAACCAGAUAGCCUUGCAAUUAUCUGGUCAUCCCUGAUUAACAGAUGAGUCAACAGAAGCUGGAGUUGGCUUGCUGCUAUGGAAGCAGCAUAUCCUUGAAAAUUUGUGGCCUGGAGUUCUGGAUUGGGAGUGACCAUUGGCUGUGAAACCUCAAGCAACGAAAACCAUGUUCUUAUUGUUCCUGGAAGACUGGUAAUACGUCUGCCAGGCUCAAUGUCGAGAAAGCACAGAGGCUGUGGAGUGGUGGUGGCUGAAUCAAAGCCACCAGGUGGGCAUUUCCUACUAUUUGCAUG